UUCAGUAGUUGGUCUCUAUACCCCAGCAAUAACAUGUUGAAAUUGGUAAUUCUAUUAGCGUCUAUAGCCUGUGCUUUAGGUGCUGCCGUGCCUGAGGGUUUGCUACCUCAAUUGGAUGGACGUAUAGUGGGUGGUGAGGCCACCACUAUUUCCUCUUUCCCCUGGCAAAUUUCACUUCAACGUUCGGGUUCUCAUUCAUGCGGUGGUUCCAUCUAUAACUCUAAAAUUAUAGUGACAGCUGCUCACUGUUUGCAGUCCGUCUCCACUUCGGUAUUGAAAGUACGUGCUGGUUCUUCCUACUGGAAUUCUGGUGGCAUCUUGGUUAGUGUGGCCAAUUUCAAGACUCAUGAGGGUUACAACUAUAAGACCAUGGUCAACGAUAUUGCUGUCAUCCGUUUGAGCUCUUCUUUGUCCAUGUCUUCCACCAUUAAGGCUAUUGCUUUGGCUACCACUACUCCACCCACUGGUGCCGCUGCUACUGUGUCUGGUUGGGGUACUACCUCUUCGGGUGGUAAUAUUCCUGCUCAAUUGCGUUAUGUUGAUCUCAAGAUUCUUGAUCGCGCUCAAUGUUCGUCUUCCACCUAUGGUUAUGGCGCUGAGAUCAAGUAUACCAUGAUGUGUGCUUAUACUGUGGGCAAGGACUCUUGCCAAGGUGAUUCUGGUGGCCCCUUGGUUUCGGGUGGUGUUCUGGCUGGUGUUGUCUCUUGGGGUUACGGUUGCGCUUACGACAAUUACCCCGGUGUCUAUGCUGAUGUUGCUGUUCUACGCACCUGGGUUACCAAAAAUGCUUUAUCCGUUUAAUUUAAAUAAAAAUUUUCUACCGAUUAGUUAAAA